GCGUUCGGGCCGCCGGCACCGGCACCGGCCCGGCCCGCUCAGCCGCCCCGCUCCGGGCCGCGCUCCGCUCCGCGCCGGCCCGCUCCGACCCCGCCCCGCCACCCGGCCCUUCCCGGCUCGCUGAGGCCGACAGCGGGCCCGCCGGGCCCCCGGCGCGCUACGGGCCCGGGCGGAGGCGGAGGGGCCGCGCUCCUCCCUGGCCGCCCCCCGCCAUGGCCGACAGCGAGAAGCUGGACAACCAGCGCCUCAAGAACUUCAAGAACAAAGGCCGCGACCUGGAGACUAUGAGAAGACAAAGAAAUGAAGUUGUUGUGGAGUUGAGAAAGAACAAAAGAGAUGAGCAUCUCCUAAAGAGAAGGAAUGUUCCCCAUGAAGAUAUCUGUGAGGAUUCUGAUAUAGAUGGGGACUUCAGAGUGCAAAACACUUCUUUGGAGGCAAUAGUACAGAAUGCUUCAAGUGACAACCAGGGUAUUCAGUUAAGUGCUGUGCAGGCAGCAAGGAAGCUGCUGUCCAGUGACCGCAAUCCACCCAUCGAUGACCUAAUAAAAUCAGGAAUAUUACCUAUCUUAGUGCACUGUCUUGAAAGAGAUGACAAUCCUUCCUUACAGUUUGAAGCUGCGUGGGCUCUGACAAACAUUGCCUCUGGCACCUCGGAGCAAACCCAGGCUGUAGUUCAAUCCAAUGCUGUGCCGCUUUUCCUGAGACUGCUGCAUUCACCUCAUCAAAAUGUUUGUGAGCAAGCAGUGUGGGCUUUAGGAAAUAUCAUAGGUGAUGGACCCCAGUGUAGAGAUUAUGUCAUUAGUCUUGGAGUAGUGAAGCCCCUGCUGUCCUUCAUCAGCCCCUCCAUCCCCAUCACCUUCCUCAGGAACGUCACCUGGGUCAUGGUCAACCUGUGCCGCCACAAAGACCCCCCUCCACCGAUGGAAACCAUCCAGGAGAUCCUGCCGGCGCUCUGCGUUUUAAUUCACCACACGGAUGUAAAUAUUUUGGUGGACACAGUCUGGGCUCUCUCCUACCUGACGGAUGCUGGCAACGAGCAGAUCCAGAUGGUGAUCGACUCCGGGAUCGUCCCGCACCUGGUGCCUCUCCUCAGCCACCAGGAGGUCAAAGUCCAGACUGCUGCCCUGAGGGCUGUGGGGAACAUCGUCACUGGCACCGAUGAGCAGACACAGGUGGUUCUCAACUGUGAAGCUCUCUCACAUUUCCCAGCACUUCUGACACAUCCCAAAGAAAAAAUUAAUAAGUAUUUGGUUGAAGCUGGUGACAGUGAAAGGCUGAGGAGUCUUGUGGAGUCUCCUGAGGAAGCAGUGUGGUUCCUAUCUAACAUCACUGCAGGAAACCAGCAGCAAGUUCAGGCAGUGAUAGAUGCAAACCUUGUUCCAAUGAUAAUCCAUCUUCUAGAUAAGGGGGAUUUUGGGACUCAGAAAGAAGCUGCUUGGGCAAUAAGCAACUUAACAAUCAGUGGGAGAAAAGACCAGGUGGCUUACUUAAUUCAACAAAAUGUAAUUCCUCCCUUCUGCAAUCUGCUGACAGUAAAAGAUGCACAAGUUGUGCAAGUGGUUCUGGAUGGACUAAGUAAUAUAUUAAAAAUGGCUGAAGAGGAAGCAGAAACCAUAGCCAAUCUUAUAGAAGAGUGUGGAGGCCUGGAGAAAAUUGAACAGCUACAAAACCAUGAAAAUGAAGACAUCUACAAACUGGCUUAUGAGAUCAUUGACCAGUUCUUCUCCUCAGAUGAUAUUGAUGAAGAUCCAAGCCUUGUUCCGGAAGCGAUCCAAGGCGGAACAUUUGGUUUCAAUUCAUCUGCCAACGUACCAGCAGAAGGGUUCCAGUUUUAGAGUGGUAUUUUGGAAGUUUAGGUACAAUGCAGCACUGAAUAAAAAAAAAAAAAAAGGUUUGAUCCAUCAAUCUUGGCUCAUGGGAUCCGCUGCUGCAUUAAAUCGGGAAAGUCAAACGUGAAGAUUUCAUUUGGAAUCCCAGAAAAGCCCAAAUGAAGUCGGGAUGGCGAGUGGGUGCGAGUGAGAAUGAGUGGCAAAAUGCAACGACAAACUUCACACCGAAUGCUUCUUUAGAUUGUUCCAAGCAAAAGGGCUACAGGUGACAGAUUUCAGUGCCUGAGGAGGAGCCUCCGCAGCGGGGGGAGCAGCGGGGCCGGGCCAGCCUGCCCUGCAGGAGCCAGCCUGCCCUGCACGGCCACUGGAGUGAGUGUCUGCCCCGUGCCAGCCCUGCCCUGCCGUGCCAGGCCGUGCCAGGCCGUGCCAGGCGUGCGAGAGGAGAGUGCCUGUGAGUGUCUGUGAGCGUGCGAGCUUGAGUCGCCUCGGGGCCGAGAGCCCAACACCACCCAAUGAGUUCACAAGUGUCGACCUACACUGGACACACCGAGACCGGUUUAGCAGCAGACUCUGGUUUACUCCUGCAGCCUGUGUUUUCCUCUUUUUUCUUUUGUUUUUUUGGUUUUAUUUUAUUUUAUUUUUUUUCUUUUCAGUUCUUUUUAAUUUCUUUUCCUGUUACGGCUUCUUAGUUGUUUGUAAAGUCAGAAUUUCAGGAAGGCUUCCCUGUGCAUUUGCACCAGAUGAAUGUUUGAUGUUAUGAAAAGCUUUUCCAUAUCAUCAAAACUAAUUUGUAGAUUUUUUGCAUGGAAAAACAAACAAACAAAAAAAAAAAAUCCUCCAUUUCCCUUCAAACUAGACUGUGUUGCAGUACACAAGUUGCCAUAAUAGUAGAAAGCAGUAUAAAAUGUAAUAAAACCUCAUCCUUUUCAUUUUCAAAGAUAACAUGAAGACCUUUGCAUGUGGUAAUCUCCAGCAUAGUUCAUUUUUAGAUUUCGUUGAGUCCUGUAACCAAAAUGUUUCUGUUGUGGUAGGAUACCGUGCUGUGUUUCAAUGUUACUUGUUUUCAAACUUUGUUUUCUAUGAAAAUGAUAUGGAAACGUCUAAAAAUGAAAUUUGGUGCAUAUGUACUGCUGAAUAAAGAGCGAAAAAAAGAGGUGUGAAUAGAUGUACAAAUCAAGUCAUGGUUUGAACACCUUUAAUAUGCCUAAUCCAAUUGUUUUAGACUCUUUUUAUCUUAGAUGUAGGCAGCCAUGAACAAUCUAUUUUGAGCCACUUUAGAGAGAAAAAAAAAAAGAAAAAAAAACUUUGUAUUUUUAAAACUUGCACAAAAAGGAUGCAAGUGUUUUUAUAAUUGGAGGAAUGCCUCAGUUUUGAGGUGGUGCACACUAAAUUCAAGGUGAUGUUACAAAUUUGUACCAAGUGAACUCUUGAUAAGGUGGCUCAUUGUAGGAAAUGCUGUGCCUUCCCCUUUGAGCACAAGUGUUGCAUGAACAACAGUUUGCUAUAAUAAACCAUCCCAGGUUAGCCACCAUUAGCAUCUAUAUCUACCUUGUGUUUUCAAAUCAGCUGGUAAUUCUGAAACACUGUAGAAUGGAUAAAGAUUAUUUUGUGAUCAUAACUCUUUGUUGGACUAGAGUAUUUUUGCAGCAUUCCUUGUCAUCAGAAACAUGGUUAAAAGUUUAAAACUAGAAGCAGCGGCAAACUAGCUUGUGAAUUUAUCCAAGUAGAGUGCAGGCUAGGCUGUCUUGGGGAAAUAAACAUUAAAACUUGCAA